AUGGAGAAGCCCCUACACUUCACAGGAUGGUGCAGGCCUCCGACAGAUGGAGAAGCCACUACACUUCACAGGAUGGUGAACGCCUCCGACAGAUGGAGAAGCCCCUACACUUCACAGGAUGGUGCAGGCCUCCGACAGAUGGAGAAGCCCCUAACCUUCACAGGAUGGUGCAGGCCUCCGACAGAUGGAGAAGCCCCUACACUUCACAGGAUGGUGCAGGCCUCCGACAGAUGGAGAAGCCCCUACACUUCACAGGAUGGUGCAGGCCUCCGACAGAUGGAGAAGCUCCUACACUUCACAGGAUGGUGCAGACCUCCGACAGAUGGAGAAGCCCCUACGCUUCACAGGAUGGUGCAGGCCUCCGACAGAUGGAGAAGCUCCUACACUUCACAAGAUGGUGCAGGCCUCCGACAGAUGGAGAAGCCCCUACACUUCACAGGAUGGUGCAGGCCUCCGACAGAUGGAGAAGCCCCUACACUUCACAGGAUGGUGCAGGCCUCCGACAGAUGGAGAAGCCCCUACACUUCACAGGAUGGUGCAGGCCUCCGACAGAUGGAGAAGCCCUUACACUUCACAGGAUGGUGCAGGCCUCCGACAGAUGGAGAAGCCCCUACACUUCACAGGAUGGUGAAGGCCUCCGACAGAUGGAGAAGCCCCUACACUUCACAGGAUGGUGAAGGCCUCCGACAGAUGGAGAAGCCCCUACACUUCACAGGAUGGUGCAGGCCUCCGACAGAUGGAGAAGCCCCUACACUUCACAGGAUGGUGCAGGCCUCCGACAGAUGGAGAAGCCCCUACGCUUCACAGGAUGGUGCAGGCCUCCGACAGAUGGAGACGCCCCUACACUUCACAGGAUGGUGCAGGCCUCCGACAGAUGGAGAAGCCCCUACACUUCACAGGAUGGUGCAGGCCUCCGACAGAGCCUGCAAAGCCCCGCUCGAUCCAGAGCUGGGACAGAAGGUAGCUGACGUCAACUUGGAAAUCACGGGGGAGGAGAGGCUGGAGGGGCAGGAGAUGGCACCCCUGAGGAAUAAACUCCGGGCAACACCAGCCAGUCGGAUAACGACAAACGACAAGACGGAGAUGCAUCCAACAUACGUGAAUGCCGACCAGCCACCGGUGUUCAUGAGGGAGGAGUUGAAUGGAACAUUGUCUCAGGUCCCUGUACUACCACAGCUGCCAGGGAACCAGGCACAGCACACACACCCCAGGAACUCCUCCUGCUCACCUCAACAGGUCCCUGUACUACCACAGCUGCUAUGGAACCAGACCCAGGCCAUGAGUUCCUCUGAGUCCCAGAGCUCUGACCAGAGCCACUCAUCAGAGAGCUCUCCAGAGGACACAUCAGAAGACACGAACAGCAGUAGUAACAGCAGUAGUAACAGCAGUAGUAACAGGAGUAGUAGUAACAGCAGUAGUAACAGCAGUAACAGCAGUAGUAGUAACAGCAGUAGUAACAGCAGUAGUAGCAGUAACAACAGUAGUAACAGCAGUAGUAACAGCAGUAGUAACAGCAGUAGUAACAGCAGUAGCAGUAACAGCAGUAGUAGUAACAGCAGCAGUAGUAACAGCAGUAGCAGUAACAGCAGUAGUAACAGCAGUAGUAGUAACAGCAGUAGUAACAGCAGUAGUAACAGCAGUAGUAGUAACAGCAGUAGUAACAGCAGUAGUAGCAGCAGUAGUAACAGCAGUAGUAACAGCAGUAGUAGUAACAGCAGUAGUAACAGCAGUAGUAGUAACAGCAGCAGUAGUAACAGCAGUAGCAGUAACAGCAGUAGUAACAGCAGUAGUAGUAACAGCAGUAGUAACAGCAGUAGUAACAGCAGUAGUAGUAACAGCAGUAGUAACAGCAGUAGUAGCAGCAGUAGUAACAGCAGUAGUAACAGCAGUAGUAGUAACAGCAGUAGUAACAGCAGUAGUAGUAACAGCAGUAGUAGUAACAGCAGUAGUAACAGCAGUAGUAGUAACAGCAGUAGUAACAGCAGUAGUAUCUUUAGCAGUAGUAACAGCAGUAGUAACAGCAGUAGUAGCAGCAGCAGUAACAGCAGUAGUAACAGCAGUAGUAGUAACCGCAGUAGUAGUAACAGCAGUAGUAGUAACAGCAGUAGUAACAGCAGUAGUAACAACAGUAGUAACAGCAGUAGUAGCAGCAGUAGUAGUAACAGCAGUAGUAACAGCAGUAGUAGUAACAGCAGUAGUAACAGCAGUAGUAGUAACAGCAGUAGUAGUAACAGCAGUAGUAGUAACAGCAGUAGUAACAGCAGUAGUAGCAGCAGUAGUAGUAACAGCAGUAGUAGCAGCAGUAGUAACAGCAGUAGUAACAGCAGUAGUAACAGCAGUAGUAGUAACAGCAGUAGUAGCAGCAGUAGUAGUAACAGUAGUAGUAACAGCAGUAGUAGCAGCAGUAGUAGUAACAGAAGUAGUAACAGCAGUAGUAACAGCAGCAGUAGUAACAGCAGUAGUAACAGCAGUAGUAGUAACAGCAGUAGUAGUAACAGCAGUAGUAGUAACAGCAGUAGUAACAGCAGUAGUAACAGCAGUAGUAGUAACAGCAGUAGUAGCAGCAGUAGUAACAGCAGUAGUAGUAACAGCAGUAGUAGUAACAGCAGUAGUAGUAACAGCAGCUGUAACAGCAGUAGUAGUAACAGCAGUAGUAACAGCAGUAGUAACAGCAGCAGUAGUAACAGCAGUAGUAGUAACAGCAGUAGUAACAGUAGUAGUAGUAACAGCAGUAGUAGUAACAGUAGUAGUAACAGCAGUAGU